AUGGCCUCCUUCUCUGAGCUCCCCUGCAUCUACUCUGCCCUCAUCCUCCACAACGACGAGGUGACGGCCCUGAACAACGUCAACACUGGGAGCCUUAUCUGCAAUGUAGGGACUGGUGGGCCUGAUCCAGCAGCUGGAGUCGCACCAGCAGUGGAAGCAAAGAAGGAAGAAUCCGAGUCCGAGGAGUCUAAUGACGACAUGGGCUUUGGUCUUUUUGACUAA